CUGCACGGCCUUUAGAACUACUCGUCAACUUUUAGACCCAAAAAAAAAAAAAAACGAUUGUCGACUUCGUCUUCUUCUUCUUCCUCUUGUCUCGCUCUUUCUCAAUUGACGAGAAGAUGUGGAGGAACUCGCUGAGAUUCUCGCCCAAGCUCGUAAUAUCCAACAACUCACUGCACCUCUCUUCCAUUUCCUCCUCGGCAGCGAACGACGUCGCUCGACCGCCACUGCUCUCUCACUCUCUCUCUCAAUCCCACUCUUACUCCCCCUCACCUUCACCUUCAGAUUCUCUGAAGCUAGGGUUUCAGCGCCCCGAUGGAUUCCGAGCCCUCUCGGCGGCUACUGCUGUUGAUCUCGCGUCUCGGGCCUCCAAAGCUUCGUACUGGGCUCGCCACUAUGGUCGCUGCUAUUGGGAGCUCUCCAAAGCUCGCCUGAGCAUGCUAGUUGUUGCAACUUCUGGAACUGGAUUUGUUCUUGGAAGUGGCCAUGCCAUUGAUUUUUCUGGACUUUGUUGGACAUGUGCUGGUACCAUGAUGGUUGCAGCAUCUGCUAAUUCUUUAAAUCAGGUGUUUGAGAAGAAUAAUGAUGCCAAAAUGAAUAGAACGAAGCAAAGACCACUUCCUUCAGGACGCAUUACGAUACCUCAUGCGGUCACCUGGGCAUCUGCUGCUGGUUUAGCUGGCACUGCUUUGUUGGCAAGCCAGGCUAAUAUGUUGGCAGCUGGACUUGCAGCUUCAAAUUUAAUACUUUAUGCAUUCGUAUAUACUCCGUUGAAGCAGAUUCACCCAGUAAAUACAUGGGUUGGUGCGGUUGUUGGUGCUAUUCCUCCGCUUUUAGGUUGGGCUGCAGCUGCUGGCCAGGUUUCCCUCAAUGCAAUGCUUCUCCCAGCUGCUUUAUACUUUUGGCAAAUACCUCAUUUUAUGGCCCUUGCAUACUUGUGCCGUAAUGACUAUGCCGCUGGAGGGUUUAGGAUGCUCUCCCUUGCUGAUGCUUCUGGUUCGAAAACAGCCUUAGUAGCUUUAAGGAAUUGUGUAUACCUGAUCCCUUUGGGAUUCUUGGCCUAUGAUUGGGGUAUGACUUCUGGAUGGUUUUGUCUUGAAUCUACUCUUCUUACUCUCGCAAUAACUGCAACGGCAUUUUCGUUCUAUCAGGACCGCACUACACAUAAAGCUAGGAAGAUGUUUCAUGCCAGCCUUCUGUAUCUUCCUGUAUUCAUGUCAGGGAUUAUGUUUCACCGUCUCUCUGAUAAUCAACAAUGCCUUACUGAAGAGAAUUCAGAGAGUAGUGUUGAGCUUUCAUUGUCCUCACAAGAUAGAAAUGUCAACCAGAAGAAUAAGUUGAGGAAUUCCACAGAUAGAACACAAGUGCGGCCACCUGUAUCAUAUGCCUCUAUUGCACCAUUUCCAUUUCUCCCGGUUCCUUCGUAUGUUUCUUCGUGAUCGUUGAUAUGUUUUUCCCUGGCUUUGUACAAUGAAAUGCCGAAAGCUGCCCAAUAAAGGUCUUUUUGUUCCAAGUCCAAUAUCCAUUUACCCAAGUAAACCUCUCCAUGAAAGGUCGAAAGCCUGUAUUUUUGUUUGUUGCAAGUCCCAAAGUCUUUUCUUGCAAAUGUAUUUCUUGC